AUGGGUUUGGGGAAUGGAUGGGUUGCGAUGGGGAAAGGAGGCGAGAAUGGGCACGAGUCGGAGAAGAGGGGAAUGGGUAUUGGGGCUGGGGGUUGGGAAAAAAACCAAAGGGAGAAGGGCGAUGGGUCUGGGUGGGUUGCGAGGGGAAAGGCGGGAGAGCGGAGAAGAAUCGAGGGAGGGGGGAGGUGUUUGUGA